UCUAAUUUGCAUAUCUUCAAUAUUGAGGCUCCAAUAUUCCUUGCCCGUUGUUAGCGCUUUAAUAUAAUAUUUUCAACCGCGACCAGCAAUGACGGGUGAUCGUUUGAAACAUGAUGUAUCCAGCGACGUCGGAAGGUCAGAUGGUAGAUCUGGAGUAACAAGACGUCGCCUGGCAAAACCGACUUCUCUUAGAGAAAACGGAUCUUUAAAAUUUGAAAACGACCUUGCAUUGGCGCUGAAAGAAAGUUUAAAGUAUGCUAAACAAAUGGAUAGCGAACCCAAACCAAUGGAAGAUUCGUCUAUUAGGAGAAACAACAUUGAAAAUCAAAAGAACGAACUAGAAACGAAGUCUUCCAUCUCAUCCAGAAUGGAUACAUUGGGUGAGAUGCAGUUGAAAGAACUUUUAGUGUUGCAUAUCGAUCUCAUUCAACACCAACAAGAGUUGGUUAUACAGAAAGACAGACAAAUCAAACAAAUCAAACAAGAGAGGGAUAAUCUAAAAUGUAGACUAGAUCGGAUGGAAAGACGAAUGUCUCUACUAAAGCAUAGAAUACCUGAUGUAGAAUUAAGUGAAAGCCCUACAAGACAAAAAGGUGAUCAUCAUCCAUCUACACAGUGUUUGUCUGAAAAUUUACCAUCACAUACAACAGAGAAGUCAUUGAAAAGGAAAAGAGCCAGUUUUGAACCACAGAAUCUCGGUAAACGUUUUGUCACAGAUUUAAGUGUAGAUAGUAGGAACAAACCAACAGACACUAAAUUACAACCAAAAGUUGAUAGGACUAACAGAAGUCGUAGUAGAACUUUCACUAUACCUACAGAGGAAAUAUAUAAUGCUUGGGGAUACAGGGCAAGACCUGGUCAGAUAGCUGCAGAUCCUAGUAUGCUUAAGGAACUUCAAAAAAGAACAAGUAUUAAGAAAACAGACAAUGUGGACAAUAGUGUUUUACGUACAAAAGACAAUUAUCACAUUUCAUUUUAUCAACCGGUAGCAGAACAUAUUGAAAUAGAAAAUAAACCUGAUUUGCUAAAAGGUGCUCAGUCUCAGUUAACAGUUGAAGUUCCACAUUGGAGGAUAAAAAUGUAUACAAAUCAGUGGGGACUUGAAGGAACAGAGAAUAUGGAAGAUGAAAUUUAUACAAAGAGGCACACUAAACCAGAAAUAGAAGAAAAGAGAAGAAAGAGAUGGGAUUUGCAAAGAUCUAGAGAGCAGGCUGCAUAUGAGAAAUUGAAAGAAAAAGAAAAAGGUGCUGAUGUUCCCAUAGAGGAAAAUUCAAAUUCUGUUGAAUCAUUUUAUCCUUCUCUUGAUAACAUUACUCAUUUAGAAAUCACAGAUAAAAUUCCAGUGAUGGUGUUUGGUCAUGGAAUACCAAAAAUGGAUGCUACAGGUUUCAAGUUGCCUUGGGAUGUAAAUAUGAAGAAAGGACAUAGUCAUUUACGCACACGACACACAAGGAAUACAUAACACAAAUGUGGUGCUACAGAUGUAUUCACCAGCCAUUUCAAGACAUGAUUCAUAAUCAGUGACCAAAGCUAGAAUCUUGUUGUUAAUAUUUUUUAUUGUUGUAUUUAAUUUAUAUUUGAUAGUAAAUAUUUUUGUUGCUUUGUGUUCGGGUAUAAGUGAUAACGACCCUGUGUUUUAUUGUAUAAUUAAUUUCUCAAAUUGUAAGCUUAUUUGUUCCAUGAUAAAAUUUUCAAGCUAUCAAAAUUGUAAUCCUACAAAAGGGGAAGACAUCUCAGUUAAAAAAAAAAUCAUAAUGGGGUGUAGUAUCUUUAAGCAUUUGAUUGCAAAAUUUUUUAAAUAAGAUUUUUGAUUAAAAUACAGAAGCCUCAGUAUUUUUAUAAUAACUUAAAUAGCUUAAAAACAAAAAGGGGGAGAGGUAAAUUAAAUAUUGGAAGAAUCAGUCCUUUGCACAUACGACAGGGGUUGAGCAAUCUGAUUGAAAACCAAUGCAAGAUAUGUUUGCUGCUUGUGAAAGAUCUGAAAAAACUCCAUAUUAAGUGGUCAUAUUCAGUGACCUUUCAGCAUCUGAUAUUUUCUGUGGACCUCAGUAAUUUUUUUUUUUUUAUCAAAUUGUGUUAAGUAUGUUAGCAGGAAAAAGCCAGCAUGUGGCUUGAAAUGAUUGGCUGGAUAAAAAUUUGCAUAAAAAGUCAUCCAGAUACAGACAGGACCCUUUACUUGCAGGGAUCACCAUGACCUAUUGAAGCGUGGCAGUGUGCCAUGCUUAAAUUUCUAGCGUCACGCUAAAAUUUCCAGCACCACGCUCAUUUUAUAGUCCGCCACACUUGCAAAUUCAAUAGAUUGAAGUUCAAUUCAAGAUAUCCCUAAUCUAAUUAUCAUGUCAGUGGCAAUUAGGAAAUAUAAUUAGUGUUUAAUGGUGUGAACACUGCCUCAGGGGAUGUACAUUGACAGCUGAUUGCAUUAUUUACAUUGUCUCGCGUGGUUGAACAAGGUAACAUCCAAUGAACGAUCAUGACCCAGUUUCUUCAAAUUGAAAAGUAAAAAUUGUUUGCAAACUAUUCUUUAAAUACAAAUGCUUGACUAUACCUGAAAUACCUUAAUGGUAUGUGUAUAUAUCCAAACAAAAUUGAUAAAAGCAGUAUAAUUCAGAAAUCAAAUGAAUUCCCUGACCACAUGUUUUCUUUUUGUUUACAACCAUGUCAAAUGUGUACUUUUGGCGGGGAAAUACCUAAAUACCAGACAACACUGUCUGGUUAUUUAUAGACAUUUAAAUAAACAGCUAAGCUGUGCCAUUAAGGAAAAUAGUUAAACUGGGUAUAUAUAAUUCCUUAAUCAGUAAUCUAUAUCAUUUUAUUGGAAAUCAAAAUUUGUCAUGAAAGAAAGUUCUUUCAAAUAAUAAAAUUGUAUAAUGAAUACUUUAUCACAUGAAAAGCAAUAUUUGGAUCCCUCAUUUGUUCCUGAAAUCUGGGAAGCCAUAUAAGGGUUUUUAACUUCUCUAAUAGGUUUCUUAAAGUGUGGUGACCAAAAAAUGUAUGCGAGACCCCCUUUACUAAUACAUAUUAGCUAUAUAUGAAAACAACUUGUAAGGCAGAAAGUAAACAUAUAAGGAACGAUUCAACAAUGCAACCCACCAUCUCUGAUUUGAUGAAGUUUUUCCCCCACCCUUUAUUUUCAUUCUGUGGUGAACCCUGCUUGGUGUUUUCAGAACUUGCAGAGGCAACAAGCAAAUGUAAAACAGCAAAGUGAAAAUGAUAUACAAGUUGUAUUGUUAUUUUUUCAUGUGUGUUGUUCAAACAUUUUCAAGAUUAGCAAGCAUUUGGUUGAUCCUUGCAAACUUUCACUCACCAACAUUUUGUUAAUAUAGCCAAAGUUUACAGAACUCUGUGAGAAUUUCUUUUCAAAUAAAUUUCCCAAAUAGAUCAUGUUUGAGACUUCUUUCAGUUGUGGAAGUCAGUCAUCUUUGAAUAGAUGGGUGUCAUAGUUCAGAACUAAAUCAGUUGACCUUUAUGAAAACCAACUGAAUAUCAUGGAGAGAGAAAUUUCAAAGAAAUUACCAGAAAUUGCAAUUGAUCCAACUUUAUAUGCAUUGACUUAGCCUAACAUACAAGAAGCCAACCAGCUAGCCUUUAAAUUACAGUGACUGUCGACACAAUGGUUUACCAAUUUUUGAACAAUUCAGCAUCUAACUUCUCUUGUUUUCAAAUAAUUUGGAAGGUUCAUUCAUGGUUAUAAUCCUUGAAAAUCAAAAAAAAAACUUUUAUAAAUAAUACUACACAGCCACUAAAUCAUUCAGUCAGAUGAGUGUAUAGAAUUACCUAAUCAGCUUUGACAUAGUAAACACUGCUAAAUGUAAAGAACUGAGUAAUCCUCAGACCAGUACAUUGUUUUGAAAUAAUAAAUAACAAUAUUUUCCCACAACCUUUGCUAAAGAAACAAAGGCACAUGAACAUUAUUUUAGGAACAAAAUGUUGCAAGAUGCAUAACAAUUUUGGAAAUUUACAUGUAAUUUAUAUUGUUGAAAACUAUACAAAAACAAGUUGGUACGUCUUCAGUGAUCCAUGAAUAGAGAUGUCUGAACAAUUUAUUUUAAAGAGGAAUGUAACAGACCUGCUUGAUAUUGAGUGUUUUUAUAAUCUGUCACAAUGUAAGUCUUUUUUUCAAGAAUAAAGAUAUUAAACCUU